UGUCCAUUGGAGUGGGGCAGCACUGCGCAAGUUUCACUACCUACAGCUGCAAGUUCUUGUCCAUUUUGCGUGGGAAUCCCAAGGGUAAAACAUGAACUUCCUGCGCGUAGUGGGGGCCUUGAACCGGCCGGCUGGGGUCAUCAGUCGGACUUACUGUCCUGGGACCGCCGAGGCCAGUCGCCUGUCGGACUCCCUGAUAGAAGCGUUGUCUGCCGCCGUCGGGCUGAAAAACAUCUCCACAUCAUUCGCAGUCAGGGAGCAGCAUGGGAAGGACGAGUCUUACCACAUACCACAGCCCGCUGAUGUCGUACUCUGGCCGGAGAGUGUGAGCGCCGUCAGCAAAGUUGCCAGGAUCUGUUAUGACAACGGGGUACCCAUGAUUCCGUUUGGUACGGGCACAGGGCUGGAGUCUGGUGUCAGCGCGCCCAGGGGUGGCGUGUGUCUGGAUCUGACCAGGAUGGACCAAGUGUUAGAUCUCCACCCUGAGGACUUUGACGUGAGCGUACAGCCUGGAGUGACCAGGAACGCGCUCAACUACUACCUACGUGACACAGGCCUGUGGUUCCCUGUGGAUCCUGGUGCAGACGCGUCGCUCUGCGGCAUGGCGGCAACCAGUGCCUCCGGAACCAACGCGGUGCGGUACGGGACAAUGCGAGAGAACGUGAUGAACCUGGAGGUCGUGCUGCCGGACGGAACGAUCAUCAACACAGCUGGCAAGGACAGGAGGACAAAGAAAACUGCAGCUGGCUACAACCUGACAAACAUCUAUGUGGGGUCAGAGGGCACGCUGGGUAUCAUCACCAAGGCAACGCUCAGACUGUACGGGAUACCGGAAUCUAUCAUGGCAGCCGUGUGUUCGUUCCCCUCUGUUCAAGCUGCUGUGGACACGACAGUCAUGACCAUGCAGAGCGGCAUCCCCAUCGCCAGAAUAGAGUUCCUAGACGAUGUGAUGAUGGAUGCCUGUAACAAGUUUGGCGGGCUGGACUACCCCGUGGCGCCCACCCUGUUCCUGGAGUUCCACGGUUCAGACAAGAACGUCACGGACCAGGCAGAGGCUGUGGCUGAGAUUGCCCAGAUGAAUGAAGGGUCAGACUUCCAGAUGGCCUCUGACCCCGCCCAGAAGAAAAAACUGUGGUCAGCGCGACACAACGCCUGGUACGCCGGACUGGCGCUCAAGCCAGGGUCUAAGGGCCUUGCCACAGAUGUCUGUGUUCCCAUCUCCAAACUUCCUGAGGUCAUUGUCGAAACCAAAGAGGACAUCAGCAAAUCAUCCCUCAUUGGACCAAUAGUUGGCCAUGUAGGUGAUGGGAACUUUCACAGUAUCCUGAUCAUUGACCCAAACAACCCAGCUCAGAUCGAGGAGGCACAUGUGUUACAUGAACGCAUGGCAAGACGAGCGCUGGCGGUCGGAGGGACGUGUACCGGGGAGCAUGGGAUAGGUCUGGGGAAGCGACACCUGCUGAGAGAGGAGAUGGGUGAGGGAACCUUCAGCGUCAUGAAGGCCCUAAAACAGGCGCUGGACCCUAAAAACAUCAUGAACCCUGAGAAAGUCGUCCCUGUGUAACAUAAUAGAGAUACAUGAAGGUGUAACCAGCUCAAUCUGCUGGAUCUCGCUCUUUAAAAAAAUCACGCUGAACCAGGAAGCCAAAAUGAAAAUGGGAGUUGGAAGUUUUUAAAUUUUUUUUUUCUGAUUCUCUUUCAAACUGUUUUUGUCUUGACCUUGCCUUUUACUUAUUAAAAUGUCUGUGAUAUAAAAGAAAUAAAUUGGUGUGGGCUUAUGCACAAUAGCUGUAUGCCUCAGAAACAUUUUUGUAGUACCAGGUAUUGUCUGUCUUCACAAAGUGGAGUUUAUCUGCGUGC